GUCAGGUGAACCUGAACCGAGAGCCUCAAUGGGUCUUGCUUCAUUCGGGACAGACAUCCGGUUUCCUCUGGUCUCUGCCAGGAUUCCGGGGGCUUAAAGGAAUGAGUCAUGGGGGGGAUUGGGGAGUUCCCAGCUAAUCAGUUUGGGACAGGAACCAGGGUGAUGCCUCUCAACAUGUGCGGUGGGGACAGGAGGCAAGACCCCAGUGUUCCUAUCUCAGGCCCCUGGCCCCUCAAGAGGGCACUCAGAGAGGCAGCCUCUGGGAAUUGGGGGGGAUAGAAAUAGGGCAACUGGUUUCUUCCUUCUCAGAAUUGGGGGCCUAGGGAGCAGGUGGCUUGAGAAUCCCAAGGGAGAGUGGCAAAUGGGGCUGACCCAGGAGAUGUGCCGGGGAGGGUGGGAGGGAGGGCCCCAAGGCCUAGGCCUGCCUCUUCCCGGGGUCGACCUGACUCCAGCCUCCCCGGCUUUUAUCAUUGGCUCAGCUUUGGUUCAGCGGUUCAGUUCAAACACUCUGGGGCAAUUCAGACCUGGGUGGGGCUGAGGGGAGGAAGGGAGUUUGAGGGGGGCAAGACGUCAAAGAAGAAUCAGAGAUUCCACAAUUUCACAAAACUUUCGCAAACACUUUUUUUUGUCCCAACCCCCCUGCAUUGUCCUGGACACCAAAUUUGCAUAAAUCUUGGGAAGUUAUUACUAAGCCUUAGUCGCAGCACCAGGUAAUUUCCUCCCAGGCCUCCAUGGGCUUGUGUAUAAAGGCCCCUGGACCUGGUCCCUGACAGAACCCAGAACCUACAGACCCAUCCAGACCCCCGGCUGAACCUGCUGCCCAGAGCCCCAUGAAGCUGAUGGCCCUGCAGCUGCUGCUCUGGCACGGCGCACUCUUGACGGUGCAAGAAGCCACACCCCUCGGCCCUGCCAGCUCCCUGCCCCAGAGCUUCCUGCUUAAGUGCUUAGAGCAAGUGAGGAAAAUCCAGGCUGAUGGCGCUGAGCUGCAGGAGAGGCUGUGCACCACCCACAAGCUGUGCCACCCUGAGGAGCUGGUGCUGCUUGGGCACUCUCUGGGCAUCCCCCAGGCUUCCCUGAGUAGCUGCUCCAGCCAGACCCUGCAGCUGACAGCCUGCCUGAGCCAACUGCACGGCGGCCUCUUCCUCUACCAGGGCCUCCUGCAGGCCCUGGCGGGGAUCUCCCCAGAGUUGGCCCCCACCUUGGACAUACUGCAGCUGGACGUCACCGACUUUGCCACCAACAUCUGGCUGCAGAUGGAAGACCUGGGGGUGGCCCCUGCCGUGCAGCCCACCCAGGGCCCCAUGCCGACCUUCAUCUCGGCUUUCCAGCGCCGGGCAGGAGGGGUCCUGGUUGCUUCCAAGCUGCAGAGCUUCCUGGAGCUCGCGUACCGUGUCCUGCGCUACCUGGCCGAGCCCUGAGCAAAGCCCUCCCCAUCCAGUGUAUUUAUCUCUAUUUAAUAUUUAUGCUUAUUUAAACCUAAUAUUUAAAGACGGGGAAGACAGAAAGGAGCCCCGGACUCCUGGAUCCUUCCCUCCACCUCCAAGUUUCAUUCUCCCCGCCUGUAGCAGGGAGAAAAACUCCCGUCUUCCCGUCCCCUGGACUGGGAGGGAGUUGGUAAAUACCAAGUAUUACUUCCCGUGACUCCUCCCUGCCUGGCUCCGUGGUGGGCUCUGGGGAGAGCCACAGCGAACCCCUACCCUGAGGGUGCCUACCUCGGGGCCCUUGGAAUCAUCGGGAAGUCUCCCACGUGGGAGAUGAGACAGCCCUGUUUAAUAUUUAAACAGCAGUGUUCCCCAACUGGGUCCUUGCACCCCUGGCUCUGCCUGACUUGGCUGCUUCCCUCCAGUCCCCUUUGCCUUGGGCACGGAGCCCAUCAGAGGCAGCCGAAGCCGGGACGCUUGACCCUGGGGUCCCGCGAAUUUGCUGGGGAAUCGUUUUAAGAUUUUUUUCGGGCACGUUUUGACUCCUUGUGUGGGGAGCCCAGGCAACCAUCAGCGACGCCUCGUUUUUCUGGAUGCGCUAUAGACACCAUCAGUCUAGUGGCGCCUGCCCCACCCCGCCGGGGUCAGGGUCGGGAUUCUGACUCCUUUUCAGGCUGGGCAGUCGUGUCUCUGCCUUGCUGGGUGGGGCUGAGAAUGUGGGAGGGAAAAGAUGAGGGGGCUCGUGUGACGGGGUGUGAGAGGGACGCUCGACUGUUCACCUUCCCCCUCGGCGCCCACUUUCUCAUUGUAGCCAAACUUCACGAUAAUAAAGUGUUUGUCUCCAGUAAA